AUGACGAGAGUAAUUUUAUUAAUUAUUUUAACUUCCAGUUUAAAUUUUAUUUGUAGUUUAGAAAUUUUAACAAUUUUGCCAUUAUCAUGGAGAUCUCAUCAGUCUAUUGGACUUACAAUAGUGAAUACUUUAGUGGAAGCUGAUCAUAACGUGACUGUAAUUGCAAAUUAUAAAGCUGAUGAGAAUAAGGAUAAAUUUAUUACUAUUCAUAUUCCAGACAUGGUUGAUGUAUUAAGAGAACAAGAACCGGAUCCUUUUAGGUACAUAGAUAUACCUUUAAUAUUUUCAAUAAUCAUGAUGCCAAAUUUUGGAUCUGACUUAGUGAAUAAUGCAAUGAAAUCUGAAGAAUUGAAAGAAUUUUUGAAGAGUGAAAAAAAGUUUGAUGUUUGCAUUAUGGAACUGAUAACUGGGGAUGCUCUGUUGGGAAUUGCAGAGAAAUUUGGAUGUAGCUUAAUCUAUUAUACAUCUUUUGAUGCAGUGACCUGGAUGGAUCGAGUAUCAGGAGGUGACUCUUCAGCAUCGUACACACCAAAUCCAUUUUUAUGGUUCACUGAUAACAUGACUUUUAAGGAAAGGCUCAUCAAUACACUUGUUGGACUCUUAGAAUCAAUUGUACAUAAAAUGAUUCACAUCCCGUACCAAAGAAAUCUCUACAAUCGUCAUUUUCCAAAUGCAAAGCGAUCGUUUGAUGAAAUGUACAAGAACUCAUCAAUUACUUUUAUUAAUAAUCACGUUAGUUCAUCAUUCGUUCGUCCACACAUGCCAACUCAAAUUGAAAUUGGUGGCAUUCAUGUGAAACCAGCAAAACCUCUUCCAAGUGAUCUUCAGACAUUUUUAGAUGAAGCUACUGAAGGUGUUGUCUUAUUUACAAUGGGUUCGUACAUUGAUGGAACAGAUUUCAAAAUUGAACAACGCGAAGCUUUUUUAAAGGCUUUUGGAAAAAUUAAAGAGAAAGUUUUAUGGAAAUACAGCAAUGAGACUCUACCUAAUAAUCCAGGCAAUAUUAAAAUUGGAUCUUGGUUUCCACAAAGGGACAUCCUGGCACAUCCAAAUGUAAAGCUUUUCAUCACUCACGGAGGGUUGUUAGGCACAACUGAGGCUAUUGUUGAGGGAGUUCCACUUCUUGGAAUUCCUGUUUUUGGAGAUCAGCUUAUGAAUAUGGCUAAGACUAUUGCUCGUGGACAUGGUUUACAAGUCUUGGUAAAGGAUUUAUCAGAAGAAAGUAUUAGUAAAGCUUUAAAUGAACUCUUAACCAACUCAAAAUACAAAGCUACUGCUGUUGAAAUAUCAAGAAGGUUUAACGACCGACAAAACACACCACAAGAAGAAAUUGUGUAUUGGACAGAAUAUGUCGCUAGACAUCGUGGAGCUCCUCAUCUUCAAGCAGCAUCAGUAAACAUAAAUUCCAUUCAGUCACAAUUAAUUGAUGUGUAUUGUUUAAUUUUUGUGAUAGGAGCACUGAUCCUUUAUAUAGUUUUUAAAGUAUAUAAAAUUGUUAAAAAUUUAAUCUCUUCUAAUCCAAAAUUAUUAAAGACAGAUUAA